CGUGUUUAUAUCAUGAGAUACCGUACUACAUUCUGCCCUAUCACAUGUGACGUGAACUUUAUUAAAUGCUGCAUAUUACUGGCCUUAUUCACUGUUGACAGAAAAACGUCGCAACCUUGAGGAUACUAGUUUCAAUAGCGGGCGAUAACGGAUUAAGACGUAUAUUUCUUUGUUAGACAUUUUAUACAUUCAGCUACUCAAAUCGAAAGUGGAGGAAUUAAAUGACGAUAUUUAACCAAAAAUAGGUCGUAAUUAAUAAAAAUGGCAACAGGAGGUCGUGAAGUCGCAUUGGAUGCAUUUCUGGAUUUUCAAUGUUUAACUUGCACAAACAAAGUUGGUGUGAGGUAUUGUGUUGAAUGUCAAGGUUACUGUUGUCAAUCUUGUGUCGACACACACUCGCGAUUUCCUACAUUAAACUCUCACACACUACUUGACCGAUUAACUGAUGCAAUACAAGGAUUGUCGGUGACAUUGCCGACGGAGAGAUGUGCUAUUCACACCACCAUGUUAGUUGACAUGUUUUGCAAAGACCAUGAUGAGGUGGGCUGUUCAACAUGCAUGACAAUGAACCACAGAGCAUGUUCAAAUGUCCAUACCAUCCCUGAUGAGAUCAGCAUGUUAUUCGAUGCAAACGAACUAGAAGACACGAAUCGGUGUUUAGAUAACAGUGAAAAACGAUUUAAAAGUAUCGAACUAAAGAAACAAGAUGCGCUUGUAUGGUUAGAGAUGUCAAUAAAGGAAGCUGGCACGGCGAUCGACAAUGCAAAACAAGAGGUUAUUGACCAUGUAGAAAAGGUUGCAAACCAAUCUAAACAGGAAGUGGUGGGAAAAUAUCAAGCUGCAAAAGAUCAUAUUGAAAAAGACACACGUGAAGCAAAUGAAACCAUAAAUGAUUUAAUGACGAUUUCUAAAAAUUUGGUAAAAUCAGAGGGUAACAGAUCACAACAAUUCGUUUGCAUGAAAAUUGCGAAUCGAAAAAUGAAAGAAGCCAACGAAAAGGGUAUUCUCAAACAUAACGGACAGGUAAACAUCUCUUUUGAUGUAAAGUAUGUCAUCCAGGAUUUUGUUAGAGAUAUCAAGGACUUUGGUAGAGUAAGCUGCCCUCUGGAAAUUAGACCUUACUCUGCUAAGACAAUCAAAGAGAUGAGUGUAAAGUUACAAGACGAUAAAUCAACUUGUAAUAUAUUUGGCUCGUUUCUGUUGGAAGAUGCAACGCUUCUUUUAACAGAUUACAAUAAUAAAAGACUCAAGCGUGUCAACAUUGAAAAUAUGACAGUUGAUGGCUUUUGUAGUUUUGACAAGAAUCCCUAUUGUGUAUGUUGUACUAGUAAAGACGAGGCCGUCGUUACCUUCUACAGCAGUACAACGUUUAUUCAGUUUGUCUCCGUUGGUGCACAACUGAUGCCUUCAAGAAAAAUUAACAUAAAUCAUAAAUGUCUUGGAAUUUCCUAUAAAAAUGAUAAACUUUACAUCGCCAACAAUGCCCAAUCGUUAUAUAUACAUGAUAUGUCUGGUAACGAGCUCCAAAAAAUAUCAACAGACAGCACAGGUAAUAAUUUGUUUAACGAUGUUCGAGAAAUUUGUUUCAGUGAUUAUUUACGAGGUGGUGUAGUUGCAGACUGGAAUAUAGGUGUUAUUAUCCUUGAUGAUCAAUAUCAGCGCGUUGCUGGAUACUGUGAUCCCGAGUUGAAAGGUGUAUCAUCAGUAUGUACGGAUGGUAGAGGAAGCAUCUUUGUGUGUGGAUAUAAUUCACAACACGUACUUCAGUUAGGAUAUGAUGGUCAAAAGAUUACUGAUGUAGUUGACGACUCACAUGGCAUACAAUAUCCCGAGUCACUGUGUUUUGAUACAAGCAGGUGUAGGUUGAUUAUAACACAGGGCCGCAGUGACAUUGUUAAAAUUAUUCAGCUGAAGUAGUCUGUGUUAUUUCCAAAAGUAGAUUUACAAAUGAUAAUGUCGGGAAAAUUUACCGCUACUCACUGUCUUUCUUAAAUAGUACCAGUUGUAUGUCUUGCAAAUUAUAAACAAAAUAAAGUGGACUCAAAAUUGUAUAAUUUCUCUUUAUUUUACUUGACAAAGUUUUGACAUAAAUGAUAUCCCAUUGUAUUUAAUAAUUUAUCGUUCAAUAUCAAUUGUUUUAUAAAUUGUUAAUGCAUACUACAUUUGAAAAUCAAUCUUUUAAGCUUGAGCUUAAUCUCUUAUCACACUUAUAAUAUAUGAUUGUUUGAUAAUGAGUAAAUAUGUUGUUGAAGUAGCUUAAAAAUAAAAGAGUAGCAUACCGUUUUUGCAAAGAACAAUUUAUCUUUUUACCAGUUGAUGUUUAAAUAUGAUGCAUUAUUGUACAAUAUAGCCUUGUUAUUCAUUCCCCGAGUUAAAAAACCCGUAUCAAAUGCAAAGUCUCGUUUUCAUUUUCCGAGUCAUCAAGUCCAUUCUGAAUUAUAUUGUUCUUCUGCACUGCUGUAAAGCCUACUAGCAUAUAAGACGAGGCGGUGUGCUCAAAAAUGUGCAAUUAAACUAUUUAACAUCCAUUGUUCUAAAGGAGUGAAACACGUAUAUAUAAACAUGAAGUACAACAUGUGUUUGAUAUGGGACUUUUAAACAAGGGAAAUAAAAACGAGGCUUGAUUGAGUACAAUAUUGUACUCAACCGUGUGGAAUAUGCAUGUACAUACUAUCAUAAGCCUUGUAAACAAUUAGAAUGUAUAUCACCUCUUGUGGUGUUUGUAACUGUUUUAAUAAAUUAAGGAAUGAUUAAAAUCAUCAGUGUAUUCAGAUAUUAGAUACGUUAUGUGACGAAAAUAGACGAAUAAUUACGAGCUGUUGACGUUUGGAAUGGUUUUGUUAAUGUAACUGUUUGAAACUUGCAAAUAACCAUUGAGAACAACUAGAAAUUAUGAGGGGCUUUUCGUACUUAACCAUAACAAAAAUUACAUAAGCUUUACAUUGGCUCUUUACUAUGGGAUUUCUUACCACUUUUUAAGCUAGACAAAAGAUGAAAUAUGUUUAACUAUUUUAACGUAUGAAUUUUUUUUGUUUUGUUCCAUAUAAUGAAACAAAAAUUUAAUUUAAAUUGUAAAUAGUUUUCAAACAAGAUAGAAAACUUUCCGUAUUUUGUGUAUUUGUUUCUUCAGGUAACAAACAUCAAAAAUGCUGUUGAAACCAUUUUUUAAACGUUGUUAAUCUUAUGUAUGCCCUUUCUGAGGAAGGGAAAGUACUUCAUUAACUAACGAUAUAAUGGGUUCUUGAUUCAUUCUUCAAACUAUGACUGACCGUAGGACUGAGUAACGAAAGGUAACAUGAACAUGAACAAUGAUUUUACCAAAGAAUCUACAUACGCACGAAAGUUUGCUUGUCAAGUACUAGAAUCUUUUAGGAAACAACAUGACAGUCUGUUUGAAUAGACUGUAAAACUUUAC